UAUGCCAAGGCACAUCGACUGGUAUGGGAUUUCAAGGAUCUGCGAGUAGACGUUACGACAUGUACCGCCAGAGAUACACAAACUGUACAUUCAUCGAUGGAAACGUUGAAAUUGUCUUUCUGGAUGAUGACGAUGUAAAAUAUGACUUAAGUUUUCUGAAGGAUAUUCGAGAGGUUACUGGGUAUGUGUUGAUCGUCAGUGUUUACGCAGAUGUUCCAUUUUUAACAAAUUUAAGGAUUAUACGUGGAAGGAAGCUUUUUGGGCAUGAAGGGAAGGAAUACAGUUUGUACGUAGCGUUGAAUUAUCAAAAAUCUGCGAUCUCAAAACAAGUUGGAUUAAAGGAGCUCCAAUUCAAGUCUUUAUAUGAAAUUAUGAAAGGGAACGUGUUCUUUUACAACAAUCCGUUCCUCUGUCACGCAAACGACAUCCUGUGGGAUGACAUACUCGAGGAAGAUGUAUACUUUGAGGAAACAGAUGACGUCCCUAGGAGAGUUUGUGGGAGUUGCCAUGCCUCUUGUGAAACCUACUGCUUGGGUAAUAAUGACGAUCCCGAUAAGUGUCGAAAAUACUGCUGGGGUGAAGGUCCUGAUAUGUGCCAAAAAUUGAGUCGAACCAUUUGCAGUCCACAGUGUGAUGGAAGAUGCUACGGAAAAGAACCAAAUAAAUGUUGCCACUCACAAUGUGCGGGAGGCUGUACGGGACCAACAAGCAGGGAAUGCUGGUCGUGCAAGCAUUUUAAAGACGGUAAUAAAUGUGUGGCCCAAUGUCCCCCGGAGAUGAUAUACGAUGACGCAGAAUACAGCAUGGUGAAGAACCCAAACGCUAAAUAUGCUUAUGGGACACUUUGUGUGCCGAAAUGUCCAAAUCAUCUGAUGCAGAAUAAUGGUUACUGUAUUAAAAACUGCCCACCUGGCAAGAUGGAGGGAAAAGACAAAGAUGCGGGAAAAUGUGUUCCAUGCAUAGGGCCUUGUCCAAAAAAGUGCCCCGGUACAACAGCUGAUGAGUUUGUGAAUUCCAACAACAUCCAAAGGUUUAAAGACUGUACCAUUAUUGAAGGAAAUCUACGUAUCCUUGAAUCAAGCUUUACGGGAGACGUUCACCGAAACAUCGUUGGAAUUGAGCCCCAUGAACUAAGCGUAUUCGAAAGUGUACGUGAAAUCACAGAAUAUUUGAUGGUCCAGUCUCGACAUGAAAAUCUAACAACUUUAUCAUUUUUAAAGAAUUUGGAAGUAAUUCACGGACGGGCGACUGAUCAGUACGGAGGAGCAAUCAAUCUCAUUGGAAGUUGUUGUAUACGUGCCUUAGAGCUCAUCUCUCUUAAACAUAUAAAAAACGGCAACGUUCUCUUAUACAACAAUCGCCAAUUAUGUUUCGUUGGAAGCGAUAGCUUUAAUUGGAGCAGGUUAUUUACCCCCGGGUCAGAUCAAAAAUUUGGCAAUAAAAGAAAUCGACCACCUUCUGCCUGUACCGCGGCGGGUGAAAUAUGUGACCCACAAUGCACCAGUGAUGGCUGCUGGGGUCGUGGUAAUAAUAUGUGUCAGGCAUGCUCCAACAAGCAAUACAAAGAUAUAUGCAUAGAGGAAUGCCUGCCAUCUUUAGGAAUAUUUCACGCGGGGGAUAACACAUGCGAGGACUGUCAUGAAGAAUGUGCACCUGUAACUAGAAGGAAUACUUUCAUGUGUACCGGACCAAAUUCUAACAAUUGCAAGAGAUGUAAGAACGUGAAAGAUGGUCCAUACUGCAAAGCGGAAUGCCCCACUAUGAAAUACCCAAACGCUAGCAAUCAUUGUAUGAAAUGCCAUGAAAACUGUCUUGAAGGAGCUGGAUGUACAGGGCCAAACAACACUAUUGGACUGGGGGCCUGUAACGAUUGUGAAAUUUCACAGGCAGAAGAUGAUAAUCCCAAUAAGAUAGCGAGAUGUUUGGCUCCUGAUACCGAAAACUGUGCCCAUGGUUACUUCAUGAAACCUAGGGGUGAACGAAGAAUUUGCCAAAAGUGUCAUCCUCAGUGUGACCACUGUAACGGAGAUGGACUUGGCUUGUGUAUAGGAUGUAAACACUUCGAACAAGAGGGCCAAUGUGUGUCUCAAUGCCGUAAAGAUUAUUACCCAGAUUUGGUCGAGAAGGCAUGCUAUAGAUGCAGCGAUGAAUGCUUUGGUGGUUGCACGGGUCCCAACUCAACCCAAUGUCAUGUCUGCAAACUUCUCAAAGUUUAUAUAGAUGAAGAGAAUAACAUAUUCAAUUGCACUUCUGAGUGCCCCCCAGACUUACUUUACGAUAUUCAGGAAGAGGAAACAGAUGAAAAAGUCUGUGUGAAUGCACAGAAUCCAAUAAUCGCUGCUAAACUCGAACAGGAAAGAAAAAAUGAUCAGCAAAAAAUUGGAAUUAUUGUUGGAUCAUCCGUUGGGUCGCUCGUACUUUUGAUCGCGGGAGUGAUCAUUCUUGCAUAUUGUUGCAAUGAGAGGGCCAAACACAAAGAACAAACAACACGUAUCACAGCGAGAAUGACUGGUAUCCAUGAUGAGAAUGAGCCUUUGACGCCAACUGAUGCAAAACCAGAUUUAUCUCAGAUGCGACUUGCGAAGGAAUCUGAACUCAGAAAGGGAGCGAUAAUUGGAUCAGGGGCGUUUGGGACAGUGUAUAAGGGUGUUUGGAUCCCAGAAAAUGAAGGCGUCAAAAUCCCAGUGGCCAUUAAGGUCUUACAAGAAUCAACACCCAAUCAGAAUAAAGAACUCUUGGACGAGGCUCGUGUCAUGGCCUCUGUGGAGCACACAUAUUGCGUACGGAUAUUGGCGGUCUGCAUGACGGCACAAAUGAUGCUUGUGACGCAACUUAUGCCCCUAGGUUGCCUCCUGGAUUAUGUCCGAAAAAAUAAAUCAAAUAUUGGCUCAAAAGUCCUGCUUAAUUGGUGUGCCCAAAUUGCCAAGGGCAUGUCAUACCUUGAAGGAAGGGGCAUUGUCCACAGAGAUCUUGCUGCAAGGAAUGUGUUAGUACAGGGACCAAAUCAGGUGAAAAUCACAGAUUUCGGUCUUGCUAAACUGCUUGAUUACCAAGAGGAGGAAUAUCAUGCUGCUGGGGGAAAGAUGCCCAUAAAAUGGCUUGCGUUGGAGUGCAUUCAACAUAGAAUAUUUACGCAUAAAAGUGAUAUAUGGAGUUUUGGUGUCACUGUAUGGGAGUUGUUCACAUAUGGUCAGAGGCCGUAUGAUAAUGUUCGGGCAAGAGAUGUCCCCGAUCUUUUAGAAAAAGGCGAGAGGUUACCCCAACCUAGUAUAUGUACUAUAGAUGUUUACAUGAUUAUGAUAAAAUGCUGGAUGUUAGAUGCAGACAGCAGGCCGUCAUUCCGCGAACUGGCUGAGGAAUUCUCCAAAAUGGCGCGCGAUCCUGGUCGAUAUCUUGUCAUUGAAGGAGACAAAUUAAUGCGGUUGCCGAGUGAGACAUACAACAAUCGUGACCUGGUACGCUCCAUCAGCGACACAAAUGGUCCAGAGGAGAUUGUCGAUGCCGAGGAAUACCUUCAGCCACAGAAUGUUAUUUCUGAAGAAGGAACAUAUGACAGACAGCCAAUUUUGCAGUUGGACUUUGCUGAGUACCCCAUGGCCAAUCCUAUGGCUAUGUCACCACACAAAAACUCACAGGGGCCUAUGUCGCCACGACGACCAAUGGAUUACUCAGACGGCAGACAACAGAGGAGUCCACGAACGCCUGGUGCUUUUCCCUACAACAAAGGGGCAAAUGUCAACUUACCGAAAAUACGGGAUAAAAAAUACGGACAUCUCGAAGCUGCUGCAGAUAAUAGGGGGCGUGGCGAUAGCAUUAACUCACGUUACACUUCUGAACCUUGUCAGGUGUUUAGUAUGAAUGAUGGACGAUUAAGAGAAGAUGAUCAGCCUCCUGUGUUUUCACCCCCACCCCCAGGCACCCCUUCCUACCAUCAUCACCCAAGUCCUCUCGUAGACAAAUACCCGCGCAGCAACGGUCAGCCACUGCGUCUCCCCGUUGAUGAGGACGAUUACCUUACCCCACAGUCUACUAGUCCUUCUAACUAUAUUGACAUUAUAGAUGGCAAUGUCCCAUCUAAAGACAAUAAAAAUUAUGUUAAUCUUCAAGACCAGCAGGAACCAUCCCAAGAGAAUUACUUACAAAUGGACUCUCCUGACAGUCCAGUUAACAUUGACAAUCCAGAAUAUUUCCAAACUGGAGCCCCUGAAUUGCAACGGGGCAACCCCAAAUCAGAACCCCAAAAUAGGACUCGGACAUCCUCCAAUCAGGAUCAAGAACAUGACUAUUAUAAUGAUUUUGAUAAAAUUAAACAAAUGGAACGACAGCCAUUAACGAUAGGAAAUACAGGAAGUGAAUCACAUGUGUAGGCAAUAACAACUUAAUGGGGAAUUUCAUGUUCCGGGAAAGUGCUCAAAGGGGCGAUGCGGAGCACCACCUGGUGUUGAUAUAUUGCCCAAUUGUGAUAUCUAUGUGUGUUUCUUUUACAUGGUGCAAGCGGUCUAGAGCCUGUAUACAAAAUAUUCUUGUAUUGAAAGUGGACACCCACUAGCAACCACACAAACACUCGAAUAAAUACACACUGGAUAAGUAGGUUACAAAUCCCCGAUUUCUUUGUAGAGAUGGGAUGAGAUGGGAACAAAACCUGACGAAAUGUGGUCAAAUUAGAUGACUAUGAACUCAGAUGACUAUGGUCAAAUCAGAUGACUAUGCAACGGUUCAAGGAGGCCCUAUAAAAAAUCAAAAUGAUGGAGAUUACAGUCCCAUACAAUAUAUAUAAAUGUGGUGAAAUAAAGAUGACUAAUUAAUGUUCAUUAAUUGAAGGACCAUUUUGACUAUUUUGUAGUCAUAUUGACUAUUUUGUAGUCAUGUUGACUAUGAAUAUUAAGUUGACUACAGAUCAUUAUGACUGUUUCGGAGGAAAACUUAAAUAAUCAUGUUGCUGCUGGGAUUGCCUGUGAUUGGUCAUGAUGUCAGACAUUAAUUUGAUGUCAUGUAUAAAGUGAUGUCAGACAUUAAUUUGAUGUCAUGGAUAAAGUGAUGUCAGACAUUAAUUUGAUAUCAUGUAUAAAGUGAUAUCAGACAUUAAUCUGAUGUCAUGUAUUUCACAAAUAAUUUCAUGUAUAAAUGGAGUCAACAUAUCUUUGCUAUUGCAUGAAGUUGUCAAUAAAAUGAUUGUUUAUUUUUUAUCACCAAUGUGUUCAAAUCAAAUCACAAAAUUUCUGUGAUUUAAUUUUUGUGAUGAUUAAAUUCCAUUUUAAUGAAAUCCUAGACAAUUAAUAUUGGAGCCAAUUUUUUGGAAUGACUAUUUUAGUCAAGCAUUUUAUUGUAUCAUUAUCAAUGUAUCUAUCGAUGUAUAUUUUACUAAACUUCUAAUUGAGAUACAUCACCAUUAAACAAACUGAAGAAUUUUAAUGUAAUUUUACAUUUAGUGGAAUGUGUAAUUAAUAAUGUAUUUCGAGUCGUUAGAAUCCAAUUAUUGAAUGCAUUUAUAUUAAAAAUGUUAAUGCAAGUAAAAUAUGAAUUUAUUUCAUCUGGACCUCUAGAAAAUCUUUAUUUCUUUUUUUGGAAAUCCAGAUUUUAUCGUUUUCGCAAACUUGACAAUAUCUUAAGUAUAUUUGAGUAAUAAGUGCCUCUUAUUUUUUGUAUGAUUGUACAAUAUAUCAUUUUAAAGCUUACAAAGAUCCACUGAUGAAAUUUUAAGCAAUUUGUCAUCAUUGAAAUAGAAAUUCUUAUUUAUUGCAAUUUAACAGUAGUUUGAAACAUCCUCACUAUGUACAUUAUGUACAUUUCGAUCCACAUUUAUAUACUGUAAAUAUUGAAAUCCAUAAAGGAAAAUGUGCAUUGUAUAAAAGUUUGCAUUCAAAUUUUAUACUUAUUUUUAUAAUGAAUUGUACAGUUAGUGUUUUAGAAUGAAUUCUAGCAAUGGCUUGAGAAUAUAUAGCUAGUGCUGAAAUAUGAUUAGAUUUACUUGAAAUAACAAUGUGUUAUAUACAUGUACUAUCAUGUUUAUUAGUGUAUCUUUUAACUAUUUACAUCACAGUAAUUUACAGUGGAAAAUAUAAAUAACAGUACAUUUAUCUGUUAAAAGUACUUUGAUUUUGACUGAUUUAUAAUGUAGCUGGCAUGGGUUCCCCAAUCUGAAAAUGUAUCCUAUAUGUAACUAAAAUUUAAACAAAAGAGAGUUCAAAAAUUCCAAUGUCUUAAAAGUAGGACUUAUUUGUUAUUUCGCAUUAAGGUAUUUGAAUUUGAUUCUGAAAUUAAAAUGAAGAGUCUAUCAAUUUAUGAAAGUGAAAUUUUAAGAGUUUGCUGGCAGACUUGGUAAAUAGUGUUUCAAUCAUAUCUGUGUUUUAAGAAAUU